GAGAGAGAGAGAGAGAGAGAGAGAGAGAUGAGAAUGAGAUGCAGCAAAGCGAAUGACAACUGGUGAAGAAGAAACCAUGGGAGACACUUAUAUAAACCAUCUCCCCUGCUUGCUUCACUUAUUGUCUGCGUGUUAGAGAGAGAGAGAGAGAAGAGAGAGAGAGAGAGAGAUCAUAGGGCUACUGCUCUUUCUCUCCAUCUUCUCGUGUUUAUCGGCUGAUUAUCGAUACCCUUCUCCUGAUUUUCCGAGAAAGUUUUGACCUUUUUGUCUCUCCCGAAGAAAAAACCCGAGGGUGGUAGCAUCAAAUCCUUGAUCUUUUCACAAAACUGGUGAAUUGUUUGUAGUGUAGAAACCAUGAAGCAUAAGGAUGGAAAGCAAAGCCAUCAACCCGAAAAGGGUUCGAGGCUCAUCUCAACGACGGUUCUGCUCGUCGUUUUGUGCGGAUUUUCCUUCUACCUCGGCGGUAUAUUCUGUUCCGAGAAGGACAGAAUCAGAAUCGGGACCAAAGAAACCACGAGAACGGCAGUAGCUUCCCCUAAGGAACCCAAAGUUUCCCCUCUCCAGAUAAAGUCUGUAUCUUUCCAGGAAUGCGGGACUGAAUUCCAAGAUUACACCCCUUGCACAGAUCCAAAGAGGUGGAAGAAGUAUGGUGUUCACCGGCUUAGUUUCUUGGAACGGCAUUGCCCUCCGGUUUACGAGAAGAAGGAAUGUCUAAUUCCGCCGCCGGUUGGGUAUAAGCCGCCGAUUAGAUGGCCGAAGAGCCGAGACCAGUGUUGGUAUAGGAAUGUUCCAUAUGAUUGGAUCAACAAGCAGAAAUCUAAUCAGAACUGGCUCAGGAAAGACGGCGAAAAAUUCAUUUUCCCGGGCGGUGGCACGAUGUUCCCCCGUGGAGUGAGUCACUACGUUGAUUUGAUGCGAGAUCUUAUUCCCGGGUUGAAAGACGGGACAGUUCGGACCGCCAUUGAUACCGGCUGCGGGGUUGCGAGCUGGGGAGGCGAUCUUUUGGACCGGGGAAUUUUAACACUAUCUCUUGCUCCGAGAGAUAACCAUGAAGCUCAGGUUCAGUUUGCUCUCGAACGUGGAAUUCCCGCGGUUCUCGGGGUAAUCUCUACUCAACGGCUUCCUUUCCCAUCGAGUUCUUUCGACAUGGCUCAUUGCUCAAGGUGUCUUAUUCCAUGGACAGAAUUCGGCGGAAUCUAUUUACUCGAGAUUCAUCGUAUACUCCGUCCUGGUGGCUUUUGGGUCCUGUCCGGCCCUCCCGUGAACUACAAGAACCGAUGGAGAGGAUGGAACACGACUAUCGAAGAUCAGAAAUCCGAUUACGAGAAGCUUCAAUCCCUUCUAACCUCCAUGUGCUUCAAGAAAUACGCGCAGAAGGACGACAUCGCUGUCUGGCAGAAACUCUCGGACAAAAACUGUUACGACAACAUCGUACAGAAAACCGAUGCUUACCCGCCUAAAUGUGACGACAGUAUCGAGCCCGACUCGGCAUGGUACACUCCCCUCCGGCCCUGCUUCGUUUCCCCGAGCCCGAAAGUCAGGAAAUCAAGCCUCGGGUCCAUACCCAAGUGGCCCGAGAGGCUACAUGUUACGCCCGAGAGAAUCUCAGACAUUCAUGGAGGAAGUGCUAGUGGUCUGAAACACGAUGAUGGCAAAUGGAAGAACAGAGUUAAACACUACAAGAAACUUCUCCCGGUUCUCGGGACAGAGAAGAUAAGGAACGUUAUGGAUAUGAACACUGUCUAUGGAGGGUUGGCCGCUGCCCUAAUCGAGGAUCCUGUCUGGGUAAUGAACGUUGUAUCCUCGUACGGUGCCAAUACUCUCCCUGUAGUCUACGACCGUGGCCUCAUCGGAAUUUACCACGACUGGUGUGAAGCUUUCUCGACAUAUCCAAGAACUUACGAUCUUCUACACCUCGAUGGCCUGUUUACCGCCGAGAGCCAAAGGUGCGAGAUGAAGUACGUGUUACUGGAGAUGGACCGGAUUCUUCGACCGAACGGUUACGUAAUAAUAAGGGAAUCCAACUAUUUCAUGGACGCGAUUGUCAAGAUCACGAAGGCGAUGAGGUGGGGAUGCCGGAAGGAAGAGACGGAGUACGCCGUCGAGAGCGAGAAGAUUCUGGUUUGCCAAAAAAAGCUCUGGUUUUCUUCUAACCAAACCUCGAGUUGAAACCGGUAUACUCGACGAGAUAACCGGGAAUAACCGGGUGUUUGAGAAAGUUAGCCGUUUCUCUUUUUUUUUUUUAUAAUUCGUCGGGUAAAGUAUAAGGUAGCCGAUACUGAAUCAUACGAUUAUUCUUUGAGGUUAUAUAUACUUUUAUUCAUAUAUAUACAUUUUAAUAUUUUCAUU